UGGGCACCGAGAGGACACUCGCAGGCUCACGCUCCUUUUUCCUCAGCUUCUUCGGCGGCUCCUCCCCGCCAUGCCCGAGCCGGCCAAGUCCGCGCCCGCCCCGAAGAAGGGCUCCAAGAAGGCCGUGACCAAGGCCCAGAAGAAGGACGGCAAGAAGCGCAAGCGCAGCCGCAAGGAGAGCUACUCGGUGUACGUGUACAAGGUGCUCAAGCAGGUGCACCCCGACACGGGCAUCUCGUCCAAAGCCAUGGGCAUCAUGAACUCCUUCGUGAACGACAUCUUCGAGCGCAUCGCGGGCGAGGCGUCGCGCCUGGCGCACUACAACAAGCGCUCGACCAUCACGUCGCGGGAGAUCCAGACGGCCGUGCGCCUGCUGCUGCCCGGGGAGCUGGCCAAGCACGCCGUGUCCGAGGGCACCAAGGCCGUCACCAAGUACACCAGCGCCAAGUAGACGCGGGGAAGCCGCUUGACCCCAACCCCAAAGGCUCUUUUCAGAGCCUUGCAGAUUUCUGAGAGAACUGGCACUCAAUCUUGCAUAAGAGGUGCGGGUACCUGGGCGAGGACUCCACAAUCCCUCAGCCCACCCCAUCUCCGUCCUGGUGAAGCAACGCGGAGGAGCGCUUUAAUCCUGCUUCAGGACCUUCACUCGUUUUAAGGUGUUACCUCUUUCCAGGAUGGGGUUCCAGUUCUCUGCAAUUUGAACACUGUCCACGUUUUGGGGGGAGAAAAUUUAGAAUGUAGGUCAGCUCCACACUUCAUCUCACUCUUAAUCCCUUUCCCCUUCUCGAAUAAGGGAGAAACUCUCAAUGAAAAGGCAGCUUUUUGAUUUAAGAAGGAGAGGCAGGAAGGCGUUUCCUCCCAGGCGGAAGCGCAGUCUCCCGGUGUGCAGGCUGGCGUUCCAGAGCCGAGUCUACUUGUUCAGGGAUCGAUGCAGAAAUACAAGUCCCUAGCAUCGACAGACCAUCAGGUCCCAAGAACAUGCUUGGAAUCCGUGUACAUCACCCCAUGUUGUCCUAAAAAAAACUGGGACUUGUUGUCAUCUCUAUUUUGCAGACCAUUAAGAGAAUCACAGGCUCACUGAAGUACCCAGCUAGCAAGCAUGGAGCAGAACAUCGGUCUACUCAGGUGACAGCUUGGAGAAAGCUGUCCUUUAGGAUCAGAUUUUCUCAUCUAUUUCUAUGCUCCAGUCUGUUUCUUUCUGUUCUAUAAAUUGUUCUCCAUGUAAAAAAAAUAUUGACAAAAAUUAUCUGGGGCAAAUCAUGUGAAUUCUUGCAGCUACCAGGUAUAAAUUCCAAUGGAGAACAACAAAGUGACAUCCUGGUUGGGACCGGCCAAAAUCAGUUCCCAAGUCUGAUCAGCAAGGGAAUAAAUUAAUCUAGAUGAUUGAGUUUA